AAAUGGGGUCCUUCAGCGGUACAUGGUGCAACAUGUGUUGGAUAAUUCCUUCUAGAAGAACAUUCGCAGUUCUUUCCUGUUGUAGUUCUGUCGGACCUGCGCUUUACUGUUAGCACCACCCUGGACACGCUGCCUGAAAGCCGAAAGACAUCCGGAGAUACAUCUUGAAGCUGUUCACAGUUCAACAUCUCAGGGAGUUUGUUUGAACGUUAUAUUUGAUUAAUUUGGCCUGUUAGCCGAGUAGUCAAAAUGUUGAGUGUCGCCAAAUGCGUUUCAAGGACGCUCCCGACAAGGAACUGUACAAGAAAUGUGUCCUCUUUAGUUAAAAAGGCAUGUUGGACAGGUGGCUUCCAACCAGAUGCUUUCAGAGCUCUGUCCAGAAGGGACUAUGCGUCAGAGGCCAUCAAGGGCGCAGUCAUUGGAAUUGACCUCGGAACCACAAAUUCAUGUGUUGCCGUCAUGGAGGGGAAGCAGGCCAAGGUGUUGGAGAAUGCAGAGGGAGCCAGAACGACUCCUUCUGUUGUCGCUUUCACAGCAGACGGAGAGCGUCUGGUGGGCAUGCCUGCUAAACGCCAGUCUGUCACCAACCCUCAAAACACACUGUAUGCCACCAAGAGACUGAUUGGACGUCGCUAUGAUGAUGCCGAGGUCCAGAAAGACCUAAAGAACGUCCCCUUUAAGAUUGUGCGUGCAUCUAACGGUGAUGCUUGGGUGGAGGUGCAUGGGAAAAUGUACUCUCCCAGCCAGGGUGGAGCCUUCGUCCUGAUGAAGAUGAAGGAGACUGCCGAGAACUAUCUGGGAACCAAAGUGAAGAAUGCUGUGGUCACUGUACCAGCUUACUUCAACGACUCUCAGAGACAAGCUACCAAAGAUGCUGGUCAGAUCGCUGGUCUGAACGUCCUGCGUGUAAUCAAUGAGCCAACAGCCGCUGCUCUAGCGUACGGCCUGGAAAAAACCCAGGAUAAAAUUAUUGCUGUGUAUGAUCUGGGUGGAGGUACGUUUGAUAUCUCAGUCCUGGAGAUCCAGAAGGGAGUUUUUGAGGUGAAGUCCACCAACGGUGACACUUUCCUGGGGGGAGAGGACUUCGACCAGCACCUCCUCCAACACAUUGUCAAGGAGUUCAAGAAAGAGUCUGGUGUAGAUCUGAUGAAAGACAACAUGGGGCUUCAGCGAGUCCGAGAGGCGGCUGAGAAGGCCAAGUGUGAGCUGUCCUCUUCACUACAGACUGACAUCAACCUUCCCUACCUGACAAUGGAUGCCUCAGGUCCCAAACAUCUCAACAUAAAGCUGACUCGUGCUCAGUUUGAAGGCAUUGUGGCUGACUUGAUCCGACGCACUGUGGCUCCCUGUCAGAAGGCCAUGCAGGAUGCCGAGGUGUCCAAGGGAGACAUCGGAGAGGUGCUGCUGGUUGGAGGAAUGAGCCGUAUGCCCAAGGUUCAACAAACGGUUCAGGAUCUGUUCGGCCGCGCUCCCAGCAAGUCCGUCAACCCUGAUGAGGCCGUUGCCAUAGGAGCAGCCAUCCAGGGUGGUGUUUUGGCCGGUGAUGUCACUGAUGUGCUGCUGUUGGAUGUGACACCAUUGUCUCUGGGUAUUGAGACCCUGGGCGGAGUCUUCACUAAACUCAUCAACAGGAACACUACAAUUCCCACCAAGAAGAGCCAGGUCUUCUCCACUGCAGCUGAUGGACAGACUCAGGUAGAGAUCAAGGUAUGUCAGGGAGAAAGAGAGAUGGCAGCAGACAACAAGGUCCUGGGUCAGUUCACACUGGUGGGAAUCCCCCCUGCACCCCGCGGUGUUCCACAGGUUGAGGUCACUUUUGACAUUGAUGCCAAUGGCAUCGUCCACGUCUCCGCCAAGGACAAGGGAACAGGCCGAGAACAGCAAGUUGUGAUCCAGUCAUCGGGAGGUCUCAGUAAAGAUGACAUCGAGAACAUGAUAAAAAAUGCUGAAAAGUAUGCAGAGGAGGACAGGAGGAGAAAGGACCAAGUGGAGGCAGUUAACAUGGCUGAGGGCAUCGUCCAUGACACAGAAUCCAAGAUGGAGGAGUUCAAGGACCAGCUUCCAGCUGAUGAGUGUACCAAGCUGAAGGAGGAGAUCUCAAAGGUCCGGGAUCUUCUGGCCAACAAGGACUCUGAAACAGGAGAAAACAUCAAACAGGCGGCCACCAACCUGCAGCAGGCGUCACUUAAACUCUUCGAAAUGGCUUACAAGAAGAUGGCGGCAGACCGGGACAGUGGCAGCAGCAGCAGCUCAAGCUCAGAGGGAGAGAAGAAGGAAGGCCAGCAGUAGACCUUUGCAUUCGUCACUGGGUUUCGGAAGGCUGUCUGGCUCGCCGAUGGACUGGGUGGGUGGGGGUAGAAGUCUAGAGUGACAAGCUGAAUUUUAGUCACUCAUCAUAAUAUAUUCUACUACUGUGUUUUUGCAGUAAAAUUCUUGAGUGAAAAGAUGUGUCAAUGUAUUAUGCUCCAUGUCCUCUGCUAUCCUGUCAGUAAUUUAAUUGUCUAAAAAAACAAAAAACAAAUGUAAUGUAUGUUAUUUUUACAAAGUUGUUCAGUUACAUUCUGAGGUAGUAAAGGUUAUUUUUUGUGUGUCUAAGACAUCAUCAUGUAGGUUUCAUGUUCUUCGGCGCCGUCAUCUGGAGCAGUUAAGCUGUUAAUGGCUCAGUUCUGAGUUUAAAGGAUUUUACACAGCAGACAGCCCUGCUUCAUACAAUGACCUCACUCAUUCUAGCUAUUCUGUUUUAAUAGUGCACUCAGUUACUUGCUACCUGUUUGUCAGAAACUUGCCAGGUCUUGAGUUCUCUUAAAGUGUUCUUCACCAAUGCAGAACUUGGUAUUGAGGUGGUUUUCACUUCAUUGCUUCACCUUUUUUAUAAUUCUGUACAAAUGCACCUGCAGCACUCUGGAAGAAUUAUGUAUGAUCCCAUUUGUUCUUAUAUUCUCUUGACAAUGUAUUUUUAAAGGGGCUUGUUAAGGUUAAUUAAUGUAAGUCUUAGAUCUGAGAGUCUGGACGUUGGCUUAUCACAACAGAGGAUACCAGACAGUGAACCGGAGGAACAGUUGAUGCAAUAUACCAGAACGGGCUGUACAUGCAGUACAGUGUCAUUCGGCUCCAGUAGGAGUACUGUUGCUGCCAUAAACGGCUAUGAGUAAUGUGAUUGGUGACAUAUACCUGCCUGAAAAGUAAUCCAGGGUGCUUGACAUAUGAAAGAAGCAAUGAGGCAGGCAGGAGGCAGCACUGAAUUGAAAGCAGUUUGUCAAUUUAUUUUGCUGAAGUAAAAAAAAUUGACAGUUCCAAUAACUGUUUGUCUUUUCGAAUAAAAAUCUGAAAUGUGA